AUGGCGAUGACUACCACACAAGUUCUUGUCAAUAGUGACAAGUUGUCAUUCAAGAAAUCACAUAUCACAUUCCAUGACCUACCAACGCCACAAGAAGUUGAUAUCCCUCUACCGCCGCCAUCCUUCAGCCCGACCGAGAUUCUAGAUAUCGACAAAGGCACCCCCGAUAACCAUGUGCCUCGUGAUUCAAGACUUAUUCGACUGACCGGCGUCCAUCCUUUCAAUGUAGAGGCUCCUUUGACAACGUUAUUUAAUCAAGGAUUCCUCACGCCACCCGAAUUGUUCUAUGUCCGAAACCAUGGCGCCGUACCACAGGUUCGCGACGAAGACAUCCCCGACUGGAAGCUAAGCAUUGAAGGACUUGUGGAAAACCCCAUCACUUUGAGCUUCCGUGAAAUUCUCGAGAAAUAUGAUUCAAUCACCGCACCAAUCACACUCGUCUGUGCUGGCAACAGACGGAAAGAACAGAACACCGUUCGGAAGUCGAAAGGCUUCUCAUGGGGUCCAGCUGGUCUAUCAACUGCCCUGUUCACAGGACCUUUAAUGGCCGAUAUCCUCUGCAGCGCGAAGCCUCUCCGACGAGCCAAGUUUGUGUGCAUGGAGGGGGCUGAUAAAUUGCCCAAUGGAUACUAUGGAACCUCUGUCAAAUUGAACUGGGCUAUGGACCGGAACAAGUUGAUCAUGCUGGCUUACAAGAUGAACGGCGAGGCACUUACCCCAGAUCAUGGCCGUCCCCUGCGGGCAGUUGUACCCGGCCAGAUCGGUGGUCGCAGUGUGAAGUGGUUGACCAAGUUAAUUGUGACGGAUGCCCCAAGUGAAAACUGGUAUCAUAUUUACGAUAACCGGGUGCUUCCAACAACGGUUUCCCCCGAGAUGGCUGCGGCGGAUAAGAAGUGGUGGACUGAUGAGAGAUAUGCCAUUUACGACCUUAAUGUCAACUCAGUCGCUGUACACCCAGAGCAUGAAGAGACACUGGACUUGACCUCGAGUGGAAAAACAUACACUGCGAAGGGUUAUGCAUACGCAGGUGGUGGUCGACGGAUCACAAGGGUUGAGAUAUCCUUGGACAAAGGCAAAUCAUGGCGCCUUGCCGACAUUGAAUACGCCGAAGACAAGUACCGAGAAUACGACGGCGAGUUGUUUGGAGGAAAAGUCGACAUGUGGCAACGAGAGACCUGUUAUUGCUGGUCAUUCUGGUCUCUCUCCAUCCCCGUCUCAGACUUGGAAGAUAGCGAUGCGCUACUUGUGCGAGCUAUGGACGAAGCAAUGACCGCCCAGCCACGCGAUAUGUACUGGUCUGUUCUCGGUAUGAUGAACAACCCAUGGUUCCGGGUUGCGAUAACGAAAGAAGGAAACCUUCUGAAGUUCGAACACCCGACACAUCCAGCCAGGGCUGGAGGCUGGAUGGAAAGGGUCAAGAAGGCGGGUGGUGAUUUGACAAACGGCAAUUGGGGCGAGAGGCACCAAGGUGAAGAACCUGUGGAACAAGAGCCUGUAAAGGAGAUCAACAUGAAGAAAGAAGGAGUGAGCCGCCAAAUUAGUCUGGAAGAGCUCAAGGCAAACAGCAGCAGCGAGAAGCCUUGGUUCGUUGUGAACGGUGAAGUGUAUGACGGCACCGGGUUCCUUGAGGGCCACCCUGGAGGAGCAAUCAGUAUUACAUCCUCUGCCGGGCUUGACGUGUCAGAGGACUUCUUGGCAAUUCAUUCCGAGACUGCGAAGUUGAUGAUGCCCGACUACCAUAUUGGUACAUUGGACGCAGCAUCUCUGAAAGCGCUCAACAGCAACACUGGAGCUGUAUCCGACGAGCCCCGCCCAACAUUCCUUCAGUCACGCGUUUGGUCGAAACUCAAACUCUCAGAGGUAAAGACCGUAUCCUGGGACACCAGGAUAUUCGUCUUCGAUUUGGAACACGAAAAGCAGACUUUGGGCUUGCCGAUCGGCCAACACUUGAUGAUCAAAGUCAACGACCCGGACACCAAAGAAGCCAUCAUCAGAUCAUACACUCCCAUCUCAGACACAAACAUGGAAGGCAAGAUGGAGUUGCUGGUCAAGAUCUAUUUCCCAACCAAGGAUGUUCCCGGUGGAAAGAUGACAAUGGCCCUUGACAAACUCAAAAUUGGAGCUGAGAUUGACUGCAAGGGGCCCACUGGUCGAUUCGAGUAUCUGGGCAACGGACGUGUACUCAUCAGUGGCAAGGAACGCCAUGUCAAAUCUUUCAAGAUGAUCUGUGGUGGCACUGGCAUUACACCGAUCUUCCAGGUCUUGCGUGCUGUCAUGGAAGAUUCACAAGAUCCAACGAAGUGUGUUGUGCUCGAUGGAAACAGACUGGAGGAGGACAUACUGUGUCGUUCGGAGCUUGAUAAAUAUGUGGAAACAGACAGGGAAAAGUGUACUCUUGUACAUACCCUGACGAAGGGGUCAGAGAACUGGACGGGUCGCCGGGGACGUAUCUCGGAGGACUUGGUGAAGGAGUUUGCGCCUCCCGAAGAGAGCAGUAUGGCCAUUCUUUGUGGACCAGGGGCAAUGGAACAGUCGGCAAAGAAAGUGCUUCUUGCCCAGGGCUGGGCCGAGUCUGAUCUCCACUUCUUCUGA